AUCUGUUCAAUCCACAACUCACAGUAGCACAUCUCCUCGAAAGAACAAUGAGAACCUUGAUACUCGUCUCGGUGGCUCUUGCCACCACCAUAGUAACUUUAUCGAUGGCAAUGCCACCAGGCGAAAAAAUCGUUGGAGGUCAGUUCGCCGAACCGCAUCAGUUUCCCUACCAGAUAGCGUUGUUCUUCCAGGGCCGCUUCCAUUGUGGCGGAUCCACCAUCGAUCGCAAGUGGGUACUCACAGCUGCCCAUUGCGUCCUGAAUAUGAAUGUUCCGCUUCCAGCAGAGGAUAUGACCGUGUACGCUGGAUCAGCUAGCUUGGAGGAAGGAGGGCAAGUGUUCAAGAUAGCGAAAGCUUUUGCCCAUGAAAAUUACGGGGACAGCAAAAAUGACAUUGCUUUGCUGCUGCUGGAUGGACAGUUCAAGUUCGAUGACACCGUUAAUAAAAUUGACCUGUUUAGUGGAGAGUUGAAACAUGGAGAUACAGUUGUAAUCUCUGGCUAUGGACGCGAAGGAACGGAAUUGCCCGCAUCGAAACACCUGAAAUACAACUCGAUGUCCGUUCAGGAUGAUGAGGUUUGUCAAUUUUUGAUGGCUCAAACCGGGCCGGGAUUAAUCUGCCUGAAUAAUGAGCCUGAUAACGGAGCCUGUAUGGGAGAUUCCGGUGGUCCAGCGGUGUUCCAGAAUAAACUGGUGGGAGUGGCCAACUUUGUACUGAACGAAUGCGGCACCAUCUAUCCGGACGGGUACGCCAAGGUUGCCUUCUACCGCGACUGGAUCGAUGGAGUGAUGAAGCAGUAAAGAUACGGAAAGCGCCAAUAUAACGUUUAUGUGCACCGCCUUUAUGGGGCUUCACCAUUAUUGUUGGAAACACUUGAAAAUGGAUGGCAAUAAAGUGUUACCACGUUGCAACAAGUGGUGCGACUAUAAUGAAA